GGGCCUCCGCAGCUUUUUCUCCGCGUCUUAGCCCAGAGCCUGAACGCCCAGCACCAUGGCCAGCACCGUGUCUGCAUACAAGGAAAAAAUGAAGGAGCUGUCUGUGCUUUCACUGAUCUGUUCCUGCUUCUAUACCCAGCCACAUCCAAACACCAUCUAUCAAUAUGGAGAUAUGGAAGUGAAGCAACUGGACAAAAGAGCAUCUGGCCAGAGCUUUGAGGUAAUCUUGAAGUCACCUUCAGAUCUGUCCCCAGAGAGUCCUAUACUUUCUUCUCCACCCAAGAAGAAGGACAUUUCUCUGGAGGAACUGCAGAAGAGGCUGGAGGCUGCUGAGGAGAGACGGAAGACUCAGGAGGCGCAGGUACUAAAGCAGCUGGCUGAGAAGCGGGAGCACGAGCGGGAGGUUCUGCACAAGGCCCUGGAGGAGAAUAACAACUUCAGCCGCUUGGCAGAGGAGAAACUCAACUACAAGAUGGAACUCAGUAAGGAGAUCCGCGAGGCUCAUCUGGCUGCCUUGAGGGAGCGGCUGCGUGAGAAGGAGCUCCAUGCUGCCGAAGUCCGCAGGAACAAGGAGCAGCGGGAGGAGAUCUCUGGUUAAUGGGUUUUUCUACACGCUUAGCACCUGGUUCCCGAUAUAAAACAAACAAAAAAAAACCCCAACACAUUUUAAUUUUACGUUUGUCUAGUUGCAACUUUGUUUCA